AAUGGCCAACAUUGGUCGAUUCAGCGGAUGGCUUAACGGGUCCGUUUGGUCGUACAUCACAUUCAUUGACCAGUGUUUGUUUGUUUGUUUGCUUCGCUCGAUGAACAGCAGAGCGCUGCCUGUGUCCAUUUCCUGAAUCCAGCAUUCAACUGUCAAAACUUUCUACUGGCCAGCAUCGGCAUGAAGUCACACGAAGUAAACGAACUAACCGGACCACCGAAUCUUCUAGUAAGCGCACUCUGGCUGCUGCUGCACACCGUCUUCACCUGGGUAGAGCAUUUGCUGCGCUUGUUACGACGAUGCCGGAAGGCGCUCCAUCACAUCCGGCCACUCGGUACAGCGAUCGUCGAAUCGUACCGCAUGAAACAAUCGCAACAGUACGUAAAGUUGCAGCUCCAAACGGUGUCGAAGAUUCCGAAGCAUCUUGUCGUACUGCUCGGACCGGAACGGCCCGACUAUCAACGACUAUCGCAGUUCAUCUACUGGUCGAAUGCGGCCGGUAUUGCGUACGUUAGUUUCUACGAUCAUAAUGGUACGAUUAAGCGUAACUACGAACAAAUGAAACGAUGCGUAGAUGAAGCACCGCUGGAAGAUAAACAUCACAUCCUUUGGUCAGCCGAAGCCCACGUACCGGAGAAAAAUCGGAACUGUACCGUGGUUAACUUUCUGUCGCCCGAAGAUGGCAAACAGGGACUGGUCAGUCUCAGUCGCUCGAUCGGUGAAUCCGUCCGGCGCCGCGAUCUAUUUCCAUCCGACGUGAGCAUCGAGCUGCUCGACAGCCGGCUACAAGCGUCGACCGGUUACGUGCCCGAUCCGGAUUUGGCCGUCUACUUCGGGGAGGUUUGUUGCACGUACGGCUUGCUGCCGUGGCAGAUAAGGUUAACGGAGUUUCUGCCGCUCGAGUGGCGGCUGCAGGAUAGUAACGAGCAUCAUUUCGUACACUGUUUGCGUCGGUUUGCCAAGUGCGAGCAACGUUUGGGUACGUAAAGGCGGUCACGAGAAUAUGUCUGACCGUAAGGGAGGAAAACGAGCUAAGAUGCAUACUAUUGUAUGUAGGCACCGUAUAUAUAAAGACAAAAACUUUUCUAAUAUUUAAAACUGUGUAAUAGUGUAAUGGCGUAUGAAUUAUAGCAUAUCUAGAUCUAGAUCUAGAGAUAAGCAAGGAAGGGUGUCAUUAAAAAAAUCGAUUGAAAAACUAUUUGUUGCUUCACGUGUUUUAAUGAAUUAAAAUUUAUUCAGAUAAUCAACUAGUAUAAAACUAGUAGUAAACGGAUUGCAUUUUUUAAUUUAAUAUCUACAAAAAAUUUAACAGCUUACAAAAAUAAAGUAAAGUAAUUCUGGCUAUAAUCUACCGAUUAAAAUAAACGAUUCACUCCUUAACACAAUUAUACCAACACCUGCUUUUUUUAAAUAAAAAAAAAACUAGAAGAGAAUUUAAGAUUUUGCUACCGGCACGUGA